AUGCCGGACCAAUCACCAACCACGAUCGUCGGCUGCCUGCUCGACGUCUCCGGCUCUAUGCGCUCUGCGCUCGAGAUCGGCCGCGACAACCACCAACCCGCCACGGACCGCUUCCAUGCUAUCCUCUCAGCAGCGCCUAAUCUUGCGCAGGCCGAGCAGAGCCAUGAAUCUAGCGCACUUAUGUUCGUAGGCGCGUUCGGGCUACUCGAGGAAGAGGCUGCGGUUGUGGAUCUUUGCGCCGUUGUCGAGGCGCUUGUCGGUGAGGAGAAGGAUGAGGGGAAGUCUGGGCAUGACCUGUUGAUUCGGAUCGCGAAUGAGAAGGGGCUGAAGCAUAUCUCAAGGUAUAUUCGUACGAAGUUGAUGGAUGAUGAGGCGAGGAUGGUGUAUGUACAUUUGGGGCUACAUCCGGAGAAGAUCCAGGAGUUUGUCGAGGCUAUUCCUCCUCUGGAUGAGGUCGAAGAAUUGCAAUGGGCUCUGGAAAAGGGAGAAAACGCAAUGGAAUUGUCUCACAAAUUCCUCACAGGCUUUCCGUCUAGGACAGAAAGUGCAGCAUCUGCUAGGUACAUAGAGGACAAGGUGGUCGACAGAUCGGAAGCCAUACAACUCGCUCGCCGCAUCUGCAAAGAAUGGCUGCAAGACUUUGGAAAACUGAAGCUGCGUAAGAUGGAAAAAGUGAUUAAGUUGCUCCAAAAGCUCCAGCAGAAGGACCAGAGUAAACAAACGGCUGGCAACAAUAGCGACAGCCAGAAUAUGGAGCCGAACACCUUGCUCGACAAGCUCCGCAAGCACGUAUACGGAAGAACACCGAUGCAGGAGUCUCUUAGGCAGUCGUUGGAAAACCGUAUACUGGUCCUCUUAUCCGACGGUGUAUCGACCGACGGCGACCCUCUACCCAUUGCCGAGGAAUUGAAGAAAGAGAACGUGGUCAUCGCAACAGUGUACCUAACCAGUAAUCCCGCAACCAAUUUCCAGCGCCAUCUUCACUACAACGCCGUGAGCGACUGGAACGACGGGCAACGGGUGCUCUUUAACAUGGCGCAUCAGGUCUCCUGCCUGAAGCACCCGAUCCCCGUGCUCGCAACUCUAGGCUGGAAGAUUCCCUCGGCAGGUGAGGCCGCUCUCUAUGCCACGGUCAACAGCGCGGCCGCGCUCGACGAGUUCUGCUCUAUGCUACUGACCGCUCGCUUUGGCUCGGCCGAAACCGUGCUCGAUAUCCUCGGCCGCAUCGACAUGGACAAGUACGUCGAUGACGAGAAUGUCCGCAACUGCAGUAACCCGUCCGACCAGGGCAACGCUGGAGUCUGCUACGCACAUGCCGCAGCUUUCGUUCUACACUCUGCCCUGCUCCGCAUCGUUGGCCGAACAAACAGCUACCCGACCAUCGAGCAGAUCCGCAACCGCAUUCUUAAUGAAUUUCGAGCACGCGAUCGGGGUUGGAACACCGAAGAGGUGCUUAGGACAGCCAUAAAAUGGUACCCACCGCUGCGCUUCGACAAGGUGGAUGAGGACGCCGCGCGCCAGGCCGUCCUGCGCCGCCGCUUCAUCCUUUCAACAUUUCAUCUCCCCCAGCCCGGCUGGGACGCUUUCGGCCGCCAUUUUGGUGGCUCUGCAGCUUCAUGUCGUGACGUCCUCUCGCGCGAGAUAAUGAAGCCCUAUCGCGACUUGAAAGCGGCCGGCGGCCAUGCUGUCGCACUGGUCGGCUGUGCGCCGCAGUCAUUGACGUUUGUGAAUUCGUGGGGAAAGAAUUGGGGUGAUGGUGGGCGCUUCAGCGUCGAGGACUCGCACUCUCUCACUUCAUUAUACAGGCGGGACAAUGGGAUGACCACACGUAUUGACGCUUGCUUCUACGAUGUAUACUGGUGGGAGAGUGGGCUGGAUAGCGCAGAGCGGGCAGCGUAUCAGCGGCAUGUGCAAGAACGGUUGCGUAAGCGCGCGCAAAUGUAUCCGGAGAUACUGGAGGCCAAGUUGCAGUGUCCAAGUUGUCGGACGCUGUCGCCGGUCAUCGAGUUUGGAGGCGAUAUUUGCAGGGUAGUUUGUCCGGCAGAGGGGUGCAGAAUGCAGUUUAAGCCUGAAGGGGAGCAGAUUUUGCAGGCGCUUUAUGUGCGGGCUGGGGUGAGUAGUGCCAUGGACUGA